AUGGCCUUCCGCCUGGCAACGCUCCUCGCCGGCACGGCGUGGCUCGCCGCGGCGGGCGCGUCGGCCGCAGUCCUGGAAACGCGAGCAUGCGGCAGCUACGUGACGGCGCGGCGGGGCGACACGUGCGCGACGCUGGCGGCCGAGGCGGGCAUCAGCCUGGAGCAGUUCCUGCGCAACAACCCCGGCAUAACGCGGUGCGAGUUCCUGGGGUCGGGGACGCGGUACUGCGUGGACGGCACCGCCGCGCCCGUGCCCACGUGCCCGGCGCCCGCCACGGUGACCGCGACCGUCACGGCCACCGACACGAUCCAGCGCAUCACGGUGCUGCGGUCGACGGUCACGGCGACGGAGACGUCGACGGCGACGUACAUCCGCACCAUCACGGCGCCGGGCAGCGUCAGCACCACGACGGUGACGGCGGCCGCGCCAGCAAGCAGCUGCAGCGAGACGCGGACCAUCACGCGGCGGGUGACGGAGACGACGACUAGCACAUCGGUGGCACUAGCAACCAGCACGGUGGAGGUGAUCACGACGCGGACGCGGCGCGAGACGGUGACGGGCACGGUGGUGGUGACGGCGACGACCAACGCGACCGUGACGGCCACCGAGUUCCGGACGCGCCUCACGACCGACACGACCACGUCGACGGUGCUGCUGACGUCGACGGCCAAUGUCACUGAGACUACGACGCGCACGCGCCGCACCACCGAGACGGCGUCCAGCACCGUCUUCGCGACCGCCACCAUCACCGAGACGCGCACGCGCACGCGUGUUGUUACGGCGACCGAGGCGCCGCCGGCUGUGACUACAACUGUUACCCAGACUGUCACGCGAAUCAGAGGCGGCGGCGGCGGCAGCGGGGACCGUAGGGGCGUCUGA